GAAGAAGAACAAUGAGUAGUAAACCAUGUGAAGAAUGCAAUCAGAAAUGUAAACUACAUCAAGGAAACUCCCCAAAUGUACCUGAUAUUAUCUCCUUUUUCAAAGUGAUGUUCGAUACUGAUUCCUCAAAAAUUCUGUUCCUGCCCCCUAAAGUUGCUAGAAAAGUCACGAACUUGGUUGAUAAGGAAAUUCAGCUUGAAGACGUCAACAAACAAAUCUGUAAGGUGGUAUUAUCCAUUGUUGAUGGAAAAUUGGCAUUUCAAGAGGGAUGGAAUGAUUUUUGGAAAAAACAUAACCUGAAAAUUGGCGAUUUACUAGUUUUCAAGUUGAAACAGCCUUGUCGUUUCUUAAUCAAAGUUUUCGAUCAAAGUGGUUGUCCUAAACUUAUCUUCUCAAAAAACGACUCUAAUAAAAGGAAAAGACCUAACGAUCCUCAAGCCCAUACAAGUAGUGCUCCCUCGAAAAAGCGUAAUUCAGCAAUGGACGAAACCAAUGUGAGUAUCCCGGUUGAUAAAAACACUGUUGCUGCUUCUGGAACUAAGUUAUCAGAUGACGUGAUUUUUAUGCUAUAUCGAGAUGCUGCUGGACACAAUGAAGAUGUUGAUCAAAGAAUCUCCUUAUUUGACUUAUCGAGUUUCGAGCAACAGAAAAGUUCUACUGCAAUUGAACAACAAGCUAAAAAAGAUGCCACCACAGUUGUUGGGCCAUGUAGUAAGCUAUCUGUUGCUGUAAAGACUUCGAGACUUAUUGACAAUAAUACUGAUAAGGCAGCAAUUCCCGCAAAUGCGAAUUAUUCGAAAAAACUAGAGGAAUGCAAAAAGACUCCUUCGAUUGACACUUUACGAGGCAAUGCUUUGACUUCGAGACUUAUUGGCGAUAAUACUAAUAAUGCAGCAAUUCCCGCAAAGGCGAAUUAUUCAAAGAAGCUAGAGGAAUCCAACAAGAAGCCUUCAAGUUCGACAUUUCCCGCAACUGCGAAUAAUUCAAUAAAGCUAGAGGUAUGCAACAAGACACCUUCGAGAUCGAUUGACACUUUACGAGGCAAUGCUCUGACUUCGAGACUUAUUGGCAAUAAUAAUGAUAAUGCAGCAAUUCCCUCAAAUAAUUCGAAGAAGCUAGAGGAAUGCAACAAGACGCCUUCAAGAUCGACAAUUCCGAAUAAUUCAAAGAAGCUAGAGGAAUGCAACAAGACGCCUUUGAAAUCGACUGACACUUUACGAGGCAAUGCUCAGACCCGCAAAGAAGAUCCUGUUCAGGCAAUUGACAAUAAUAUUGUAACAGGGGAGGAUAAAAAUGAAGUUUUUAGGGUGCCAGUGAAAAGAGAACCCGAGAGUUCAUCGAGGAGGCUGGAAGAACUUCCGAUUCCUACCAAGGAGGAAGGGAAGCAGAUUAAGCUGAGAGGAUUCGAUGGUAAACUAUGGCCUGUGUUUUAUACAAAUACCAAUACUAUGGGAAAUGGAUGGAAUGAAUUUACGGAGGCAAAUAACAUCGGACCUAAUGAAUUUUGUGUUUUCAAAUCCGAUAGUAAUCCCGAUAUCUAUAGUUUGUGGCGCGGCGGUUUUACCAUGUCGAAAUGAAUUAUUAACUAUUUUAACUGCAUGGGAUUUCUUUGGAUUGUUUAAACUUUGUAAUUUGUAAACUUAUUUGCCUAAGACUAUUUGGAGGUCACACUGUUUUUUGUUU